AUGGCGAAAGGCGGUGCUCGAACUCGUAAUCGUCAUGUUUCACCGGCUCCUGAAUCUCCAAUCGACUCUCCGACGAUUCAAUCUCCGCCUCGCGGUGCUUCUCAACCUGUCAGACACACUCGGGGACAGUCCAGCACUUAUUAUGUUCCUUGA